GUUCGCUUUCCGCGGAAUGCAAUGCACCUUUGGAAUGUCGGGUAAAUGCCAAUCUGCCACCUUGUGAUUGGCUCGAGUCAAUUACCGAUUUAUCAGCAGGUUCGUUUCCCGGAAUCACGUGAACCCAUUGCGUCAGAGUGCCGGGCGGUCGGAAGAAAGUAUUGUACUUUCCAUCAACUAUCCAAAAACAAUUUCCAAACAGACAAACCAGAUACGCCAGUGUACUAGGUUGCUAAGUUCACAAUAUGUCUGCCAGCUCAGUAUCCGGUGCCAUGCUUAGGCGAACUAUUUUGAACUCUAGAGUCACGGCACAGCGUUUGAAUGUGGUUGAGCCUUCCUCGCGCACCGUCCUCCCCAAUGUCUUUGCAUCUUACAGAACUAUCCACCGUUCGGCUCGGCUGCCCGCUAUUACUGCCUCGGAGGCUCGUCAUCGGCCGACUUUGCGACCUCACCAACAGUCUGCAGUGACCCGUGUGAAUGGGCCCUCCCCAGUCAGCAAGCGCUCAAUCUUCAUCCAAACCGAGAAUACACCAAAUCCCGACGCUCUGAAGUUCAUCCCUAACCAUCGUGUCCUCCCGGAGGAUUUCCCGACAUCGUUCCUCGAGUACCUGUCGCCUCGCUCUACCCUCGCCCCUCCUCACCCUUCCCCUUUGGCUGCGAACCUGUUCAAUGUUGACGGAGUCACCUCUAUCUUCUUUGGGCCCGAAUUCAUCACUGUGACUAAGGCAAGCGACGCAAACUGGGCCCAUAUCAAACCCGAGAUCUUCAGCUUGAUUACGCAGGCUGUAACCUCCGGCGAGCCGAUCGUCAACACGGUCGCUAAGUCCGGAGAGAACGCGCAAGAGGGCGGUGAGGAGGAAUCGCUCAGCUACAACGAAGAAGACGACGAAGUUGUCAGCAUGAUCAAGGAGCUCCUGGAGACAAGAAUCCGGCCGGCAAUCCAGGAAGACGGAGGCGACAUUGAGCUUCGGGGUUUUGAGAACGGUAUUGUGAUGCUGAAGUUGCGCGGUGCCUGCCGGACCUGCGACUCUAGCACUGUCACUCUGAAGAAUGGCAUUGAGUCUAUGCUUAUGCACUACAUCGAGGAAGUGCAGGGAGUUGAGCAAGUGAUGGAUGAAGAAGAGGAGAUUUCGAUGCACGAAUUCGCCAAGUUUGAAGAGAAGUUGCGCCAGCAGAAGGGUGCUGCUGCCACCGCUUCUACGGGAGGCAAGGGAACUCUGGACUCGGCCCCAUAAAAGCAUUGUAUUCUGCCCGUGUCGUUGUUCGUUUGUUUCGUUUAUAUACCAUUGGUUGCAUAUCAAUGUUUUAAUGAGUGGAUAGAAGAAUUUUGCGUAUGGAAAUGCUCAUGUUUACGUCUCUCCGUAAUGGGGACUUGUACAAUAACUAUCAAAUAAAUUAUAAAAAC